UUUGAUGAAGAGUCGUUAACUCAAAGAGUUAAAGGAGAAAAGGAAACCAGCUCAGACUGGCGCCUCAAUGGAAACCAGCAGCAUCCCGGGGAAAGCAGCGGAUGAUGAUGAAGAUGAAGCCGUGCGCUUCGCGCGCCUCAGACCUGCAGUUUUGGGCUUGGUUUUUGUGCUCGCGACGUGCGGCAACUUCUUCUUCCUGGGCACCUUGUGGAGGAGGAGGAAGAGGAACUCGAGGACCCAGCUGUUCCUCCUCCACCUGUGCCUGGCGGACCUGGUGGUCGCCUUCUUCCAAGUCCUGCCGCAGCUCUCCAUGGAAAUUACGCACAGGUUCCGAGGCACGGACUUCCUGUGCCGCUCCGUCAAGUACCUGCAGGUGGUCGGCAUGUUCGCCUCCGCCUACAUGAUAGUUGCCAUGGCCAUAGACCGGUACCACGCGGUGUGCACGCCCAUGGUGUCGUUCCUGGGGGGCUCGUUCAGGAGGUACCUCUCCAUAGGCGCAGCGUGGCUCGUGUCGCUGCUCUUCAGCUCUCCGCAGCUCUUCAUCUUCUCCCUCCGGGAGGUGGAGGGGAAGCAGCUGGACUGCUGGGCCACGUUCAUCGAGCCGUGGGGGGGCAGGAUCUACAUCAGCUGGAUCACCCUGGCGGUGUUCGCGCUGCCCGCCGUCAUUCUGCUCUACUGCCAGAUGAGAAUCUGCACUGUGAUCUACUUCAACAUGAAGAGGAAGGCUCUGCAGUCAGCGCGCGGGGGCGUCAAGGGGGUGUCCAACGCCAUGCUGAAGACCGUGAAGAUGACUUUUGUGAUUAUAAUGGCUUACACCGUGUGCUGGAGCCCCUUCUUUGUUGUGCAGUUGUGGUCCGCGUGGAGUCCUGGCAGCGCGCCAACACAAGGUCCAGUAUUUUCAAUCAUCAUGCUGCUCGCCAGCCUCAACAGCUGCACGAACCCCUGGAUAUACCUCUACUACAGCUGA